GCUAAUGAAAUCAUAGCUUCAUGGACAAUCAGCCAACCUUUAUAAGAUUCCUGAAAAACAAUUUGUAAUCCAAUGUGCUUUAACUUAUACAAGUGCUAUAAAAUGCUAAGAAAAUGCAAGUAAAUUUGAAUUUUGCUCUCUCUCAAAAGUCAAACACAACCCACCAAAAUGGAGGAGGAAGCUAAGGAUUUAAUCAGUGAUCUGCCUGAUGCUGUUCUUCAUCUUAUUUUCUCUUUAAUCCCAACCAAAUUCGUUAUCACGGCUUCUUCGAUUUCCAAAAGAUGGAGACAGAUUUCUGCUGAUCAUCUUGAAUAUGCCAGUAACUUAGACUUUGUACAAGAGUUUGCCAAGCAUCAGAGUCCAAAUCAGUUUGCUGAUAACCUUAGCAGAAUCCUCUGCAUCAACAAGUCUGAGAAAAUCGACAAGUUCAAGCUAUUGUUCAGCCCGAGAAAUGAAGAACACAAGUCAAAAGCAAUAAGUUGGAUUAGAUUUGCAACUUCAAGGGGUGUUGAAGAGAUUGACUUUGAUUUCUGCAGGCAUAUUUACAUCCACUUCUUGUCGAGCGCCCAUGUUAUUAAUAAGAGAGAGGUCUUCGAGUUGCCAGACUUCCUUUUUGACACCAAAACACUGAUAACUGUGAAAUUGAGCAGAUGCAUAUUAGGCCUUCCAGAAGAAUAUGCCGGUUUUGGCAGCCUUCAGACUCUCUGCCUUAAAGAAGUCCAUGUAACUGACAGUAUGCUUGAAAGUCUGCUAUGCAACUGCAAACUGCUUGAAGUUCUGGUUCUGAAGGAAUGUGGAUCGCUGACUUCGAUCAGAAUUCUGUCUGCUACACGUCUGAAAAGACUGACAGUUUACGAGUGUUAUAAUGCCUCGGUUCUUGAGAUUUCUGGCCCCAACAUCCGGUCCUUGCUGAUUAGUGCAGGCCACUUGGAUGCUUAUAGAGUGGAAGACAUGGUGAAUUUGGAGGAGGUAUUUAUUGGGACUCGAGGCGAUGAGUUUGGUGGAGUUAUCUAUUUGUUUAUGAAGAUUUUGUCAGACCUUGCACAUGUCAGAUCUCUCAGCUUAUACUUUGGACAUCUUGUGCCAAGUUUGAUCAAAGACUUUCAGGUGAAUUUCAGAAAUUUACAGGAACUACAACUUGUUAACAGCCCAUUAUUCGGGCUGUUCAACUCUGAUGUCUACUGCUUUUUUAAGCACUGCAGUUGCCCUUCUUUACAAAAGAUUUCCAUACAACUUUCGACUGUUUCAGAGGAGGAAGACUUCAUCUGGGAGUUCCGAAAGCCUUAUAUCAAACCUGUCGACUGUAUUUUUACCUAUCUAAGGACUGUCACAUUGUGCAACUUCAGAGGAACUAGUUCAGACAUUGAACUUGCAGAAUAUUUCUUGCUAAGAGCCCCAACAUUGGAAUCAAUGCUCCUUAUUACGCCUCAAAGUAUGAAUGCCAAAAAAUCAACGGUAUCAAAGGACAAAGUUUCUUGUUCAACAUCAAAGAAAAAUGUGACCAAGGUGAUUCAAAAGGGUAUUUGUGACAUGCUUUACAAUCAUACUUAUAAGGCAUCAGCAGCUGCUGAGAUUAGACUUUGCGACGACAGUGAUGAGCGCGACAGUUUGUUAUCUUUUUUCAAUAGGCAUCAUGUUUCUGAUGUCUACCUCAAAUAAUUUUGAGUAUUAAUUAGAGCUUUGGUUGAGCCUUUCUUUGAUUAUAUAUAUUUUGGAAUUUCAGAGUUUCUUCCCAUAAGAAUGUCCUCAAAAAGUGUUUGAUGUUUCUAUUUUUGUGUGCAAGUAUAUUAUUACUACUAAUGCUGUACAUUUUAAAUAUGUAUAUAAAUUACAAAUUAUUAUGGUUUAGCCAAUAUUUAUUUGGGCAGAGUUUACUCAUAUAUCAUAUAUUCACACUCUUGAUGUUACUUUAAAAAUGCUUAAUAGUUGCAUAGCUAAUUAUUUUAUCUUUGUGUGAGUGAUAACAUAAAUUGCAAUAUAUUUGUAGCCAUAUUCUUUUACUAUGUACUUCCUUGCAAGAAAUAUCCGAUUUAGUGUCAUCUUUACUUAGAAGCAUACAAAUGUAACUUAAUUGAACAUUAUUCAAAUUUAAAUACAACACAAUAAAUGAUGUUACUUAAUUAUAGACCGAAGAUUAUAAUAAUGUGACGUUGGACAUGGUUCAUUGGUUCAACAAUGUUCUUGUGGAUCAGGAGGAACUUGACAUCUCCAAGUAACAAAAAAAUCACAAUUACACCUUCCGCAACACCAGUGAACGAAGUUGCAGUGAUCAUCUACGUCUCGGCAGGAUUGAGGAGUGGCGUUGUCGACACCGAUCUCAUCAAGCAUAAUGCUAGAUACAGGACCAAGGGAGCGGGCAGCCGAGGUGGUUUGAGGUGUGGUUGUUAAAACCACAACAAAGGUAAGUAUGAAUAUAAGACUUACACACUUUUUCAACAUCAUCUUCACUUAUCUUUUGGAGAUUUGGUUUUGCAUUAUUGAUCAACCCUUUUAUAGAUAGGGGGUGGGCGAAAGCAUAUGCGUGCUUGCUUGUGAUUUGUGAAUGUACCCUUGUUUGUUAAGUGAACACGUUUUUUGUUUCUAAUUUUCUGUUUACAAAAACCACAAAAAAAAGUUGUUACCAAUUUAUUUAUUAGUUUUUAGAAGCAACAUGCUUGUUAUAGGUAUCACGAAGAUUAAGUUCAUGAAUAGCCCCAACUCACGUCACAUUUUAUGUACAAAAAAAAAAAAAAAAAAAAAAAAAACAAAAAACAAAAAAAAAACAUGAAAAACUAAUAAAUUAGUGACCCAAGCGGGCUAAUGUAUUAUAGGUAUUCAUGCCCUUAGCUUGUUUGAGUAUAUAGGUAUUGGUGCCCUUGUUAUAGGUAUUGGUGCCCUUGUUUGAGUUAUAAAGACCUUUAAAACAAAAUUACUUAGGCUUUAUCUGUUACCAAAAAUUUCUUCUUUAAAAUAUGUUGGAAGUUCUUGAUAUAAAAAAAAAGAGUGUUGGGGAAAAACAAAGUGAGAGAGAAAAACAAUUGAGGAGAAAAAGUCCCACAUUGAUUGGAGAGUGAGGUGUUUCCUUGUUUUUAUAUUGUAGUGCUUUAUCACUACUUAGUUGAGUGAG